UCCGAAAUGGCCGUUCUAAUCGUAUUGCUCAUCGGUGUUCUCACCCUCGCCGUGUGGUUUGUGCAUCAAAACUUUACUUAUUGGAAGCGUCGCGGCAUUCCCCACGAUGCCCCCAAAAUUCCAUACGGCAAUACUAGCGAGUUAAUGAAAACUAUGCAAUUAUCGGAUAUUUUUAAGCGUACCUAUUUCAAGUACAAGAACAAGACCGAUGGACCAUUUGUUGGAUUUUACUUUUUUUUCAAAAAGAUGGUGGUUGUCACCGAUAUUGAUUUCGCCAAGACUGUAUUAAUCCGCGAGUUCGACAAGUUCCACGAUCGUGGUAUAUUCCACAACGAGCGGGAUGAUCCGCUGACCGCCAACUUGGUAAACAUUGAGGGUCAGAAGUGGAAGACUCUGCGCCAGAAACUGACCCCCACAUUUACCUCUGGCAAGAUGAAGACCAUGUUUCCCACUAUCCUGGAAGUGGGAGAUGAUCUGGUUCGAGUACUCGAUCAGAAGGCAUCCGCAAGUAAGGACUCCCUGGAAAUCACCGAUGUGUUGGCCCGUUUCACAGCCGAUGUGAUCGGAACGUGUGCCUUCGGCUUGGAUUGUCACAGUUUGUCGGACCCCAAGGCGGAGUUUGUCCAAAUGGGAACUGCUGCUAUCAACGAACGACGAUAUGGAAAGUCUUUGGAUAUGUUUUUGUUUGGGGCACCAAGGCUAGCGGCCAAACUUCGCAUGAAACAGAGUGUCCAGAAGGUGGAAGACUUCUACAUGAACAUCAUUAAGGAUACUGUAAACUAUCGCGUGAAGAACAAUGUGAAACGAAACGAUUUUAUGGACAUGCUGAUCGAAAUGAAGUCGAAAUACGAUAAUGGCGACAAGCAAAAUGGUCUAACCUUUAAUGAAAUAGCUGCCCAGGCCUUUAUAUUUUUCCUGGCUGGCUUUGAAACGAGCUCCACAACCAUGGGUUUUGCACUUUAUGAACUGGCUUGCAAUCAAGAUGUACAAGAUAAGCUAAGGAAUGAAAUUGAUAGUGUGCUGAAAAAACAUAAUGGAAAAUUUGACUAUGACAGCAUGCGGGAGAUGACAUAUAUGGAAAAGGUCAUCAAUGAGACCAUGAGGAAACGUCCGGUAGUUGGUCAUUUAAUACGUAUUGCAACUCAACGCUAUGAGCACAGUAAUCCUAAGUAUUACAUUGAAGAAGGCACCGGAGUUCUGGUGCCCACCAGGGCCAUCCACCAUGAUCCCGAGUUCUAUCCGGAACCCGAAAAGUUCAUACCCGAACGCUUUGAUGAGGAUCAGGUGCAACAGCGACCCGCCUGCACUUUCCUGCCUUUUGGGGAUGGUCCCCGGAACUGUAUUGGCCUUCGAUUCGGACUGAUGCAGGUCUUCGUUGGAAUGGCCCUGCUCAUCCACAACUUCAAGUUUGAGUUGCACCCCACCAAAACUGUCGUUCCUCUGGAAUAUAAAACCGAUAAUAUUCUGAUGAGCUCGAAAGACGGAAUCCAUUUAAAAGUCAGCAGGGUUGGGAAAUAAUAAACAAGCAACAACUGAGAGGCUACGACGCAGUUUGAUUAAUGCUACUUGUAGAUUAAUACUGUUGUAAAAGUUAAUUAUUACAUGCAAUUAGCUAUCUAUAUGUACUUUUUCGCCCAAGGUCAGAUUCGGUUUUGUCAUGGGAAUUGAUCGAGUUAGAAAAAGGCAAAAUUAACUAAUUUUUCAUAACAUUGUUAAAAUAUUGAAAUUCCAUGUGCGGCUUCUUCUUGAGUUUAAUAAAAAAAGCAAACGAAAAUAAAUAUAUAAAACCAAAUGUUACCUUGUAGUAAUAGAAUGAAUAAUAAAUAUAACAUUUUGAUUCAUUAAUAACUCGUUUAUUGAGUGCCGAACCAAAUGUGGGAAACUGCACAACAAGUUAGCUACAACACAAAAACCAAAUGAUCGAAAACACUAUUCAAAAUAAUUACACAUUCAAAUAUCUCUAAAAUGCAGGAAAAUUGAGCUCCAUAUUCCACAGGUUAGCUGAAAACAAAAAACGAGACUUUAGUUAAUGAUUUAUUUGUUCAUACGAUUCAAACUUAGAACAUUUGUAUUUGAAGGCCUUUUUUAUUGUCACUGAAAUAUAGAAACUAACCGACCUACCUCAAUCAGUUUUGAAUAGGUCUGGGUAAAUGUAAAAUGAA